GUCGCGGCUGACGCCCUCUGUGCGCGGACUCGCCGCCGCCGCCGCUGUCGCCUCUGUAGCGACCACCGCGGGCUCCAUGAGUCAGAGGCAGGUGCUGCAAGUGUUCGAGCAGUACCAGAAAGCUCGGACCCAGUUCGUGCAGAUGGUGGCAGAGUUGGCGACCAGACCCCAAAACAUCGAGACGCUGCAGAACGCGGGUGUAAUGUCUCUGCUGAGGCCUCUUCUUCUGGAUGUGGUCCCAACAAUUCAACAGACUGCUGCUUUGGCUCUUGGGAGACUGGCUAAUUAUAAUGAAGACCUGGCAGAAGCAGUUGUGAAGGGUGACAUUCUUCCACAGCUUGUUUAUUCAUUGGCAGAACAAAAUAACUGUCACAAGCUGUGGUGGAUGCGGGAGCUGUUCCUCUUUUAGUACUUUGUAUCCAGGAGCCAGAAAUUGCUUUGAAAAGGAUUGCUGCUUCCACGCUCAGUGAUAUUUCAAAGCAUUCUCCGGAGUUAGCACAGACUGUGGUGGACGCAGGCGCUGUUGCUCACUUAGCCCAGAUGAUCCUGAACCCCGACGCGAAGUUGAAGUGUGUAGUUGAGGAACUUUGAUACCCAUUAUAAUAGAUUAAAAAGUCUUG